AUGUUGGUCACCAACAAAUUAGACUUGAAACUUGAUGACCUCGCCGAGAUGGCUGACAACGUGAUGGACAAUCUGCGCAGCAAAGAGCUGUUGGCCGUGGACGCUGGCUUGCCCCGCAGCACGUCGUUGACCCUAACCAUGGCAGAAGUGAACAUCGAGCUGCUGAUCCAGAUAAGAACAUGGCACUGGAGCUCAAGACGCUGCGUAGUGAGGUAA